AUGAGGUUUUCCGUCUGUUUGUUAAUUUUAUUCUGUUGUGCAUUGUUAGCCUAUGGCCAACAGAGUUUCCAAUUAGCUUACCUAGCCCAACAAGUUAACGAGUACUGCAACAUCCGAGAAGGAGGUGACACAUCAGCGAGCCAAGUUCACACCACGCAAAUGGCGAGGAUUGGCAAAGCGGGGCCUGCUGGACCUCCAGGACCGCGAGGAAAGCCCGGUGUGAUUAACUACGAAAUAAUUUCAAUAAUGAUCCAAGAAAAAUUUGAAGCCCUUGAAGACGAGAUUUCCUCACUGAAGACAAAUAUGGCACUCUACAAUAAACUAGUGGGAGCCUUAUGCCCAGUAAAAUACAAAGACAGAUGCUAUUGGGUGAUUAAACAUUCAGUGACCGCAAUAGAAGGGCGUAUGCUUUGCAAAAUAAUCGGUGGAGAAGCAGCUCACAUACGUGAUGCAACGCAUUUUAACAUGGUCAUUAAAUAUCUCAUUCCUGUGAUACAAAGAGAGGGCGAAGGUUUUUGGACUGGAAUGGAUUACGAACGACAGCCCCCAGCUCGAUUAGUUUUAUCCGAUAAAACGAAUGCAACAUAUGUACGUUGGGCUUCACGAUACCCAACUAGAAUUUCCGAGAGAACCGCUGUCUUAUUUAAAGUUUAUUCAAAUCCUGAAAGUCGUUCAGUUGGAAUGUGGGAUUUCUACCCGGACAAAGUCGUGAAUGGAAUUUUGUGUGAAAUCUAGCCACGAACUAAAGAACUCUGUUGUGAUGACUAUUUGCUCAAUAUAACUUCUCCAAGCAUGUGAACAUAUUUUGCAUGUCAUGUUUGUGUAUUAGUGUGAUAUCACUGCUUUUAAACAAUCAGUUUGCGUCAGGAUGCCUUAUUCGUUAGACCUAACGUAGCGUAGCGUAGAAAACUAAAUAAUGCAACGUUCACAUUCUGUAACUCAAUAUGUCAUAAGUGUAUCUGGAACAAUUCUUUUAUUUUAAAAACAUUGUAAUACUUGGCUUAUUUGCCAUUAGAAUCGUAUAUAGUCUUUUUACUGAGCUAAUUAAGCACUUAAUACAAUUGUUUUGUCUGCUAUAUUUUUUUGCCACGAAUUGAGGCCUUGAUAAUCUUACAUUGUUAUCUCACAACAUGUAAAGACCAGAAUUCUUUGGGCUCGGUAUUGCUUUCUCAGAUUAUUACAACCAGUGUGUGGUGGUUGAGCAUGAGAAUUGGCCACGAGAUGUGCACCCAGAAAUGCCAACAAAUGUAUGUAACCGCUUUUCUUGCUAUAAUUGAACUAUGUAUGUCUGAAGAAGUCUGACCUUGGACAGACGAAACGUUACAUAAAUAUAUUUGUGUUAGUGUGCAGCAAGA